GAGGCAGAUUGAAAUGUGAACGGAAAGGAGCAGGAGAGACAGGCAGGGGAUGAAGAGAAAGAGUAAAUGAGACAUUCCACCUUCUCGCUCCAAGGAGACUGGGACACCCCAGGUUACAGGAAUCCAAGUUUCUAAACUAAACUCAGGAUGACAGGCAGCCAGGAUUCAGGGUAAGGACACAGAAUUAAACAAAAAGUCCAGAUCUGCACAAAGGAGACAGACAUACUGAGACAGAGAGACUGCAUGAGACAGACCGGGGCAUCGAUAUCAUUAUAGGCAGUGAGGCACCUUCAAAGCUGCUAGGGAUACAGAGAGACAGCUGAAGGCAGAUGCACCAAUUUGGACCUGGAGAUGGACUUUUGGUCAGGCAGUUUCUGAUUGGCCUCAUCUAGUGCUUUAGGUAGCACCGAGUACAGAGGCAAAGAUCCUGUGGAUUAUUUUAACCAAGACCACGAAAAUAAAGGGCAUUCAUACAAGUUGUGCGGACCCUGGUGAUAGAGGAGAGAGGAGCAACUACUUAGCACUUCAGUAAGGACAAAUGAAUGAUCAUCAUGCCACCAGGAACUUUAUUUCUUGCUGCCUUCUGUUUCUUUGGGACCUCAGUCUCAGGAGCACGACCAUAUGUGAUCUUCUCACAGAACAAUACAGCAUUCAAUCACCUCACAUUGGAUGCCAAUACAGGCACUCUGUAUCUUGGAGCUACAAAUUAUCUUUAUCAACUGACUGAGGAUUUAGUGGAGGAAUCUGUUGUAAAGACCGGACCUGUUUGGGACAGUAAGGAUUGCUUGCCACCUGUGUCAACGGAGUGCCCCCAAGCCCAAAAUACUAAUAAUCACAACAAACUGUUAUUGGUGGUGCCAAGCCAUAAAGAACUUAUUGUAUGUGGCAGUGUGUACCAAGGAAUUUGUGAAAAAAGGCGUCUAGGAUCUGUGGAUGCUGUCCUUUUUAAGCCAGAGAGACCUGUAGACACACAGUACGUUGCUGCAAAUGACCCAAAUGUGACCACAGUUGCCCUGGUGGGCCUUUCUAAAGAUGGUUCACCUCUUUUGUUUGUGGGUCGUGGGUACACUAGCAAAGGAGCUGGUGGAAUUCCUCCAAUCACAACUCGGAACCUUGAAGUAAAGGAUAAUGGUGGCAUGGAAUCCCAUUCUGUGUUCUCCUAUGAAGACACUGCAAAGUUAGCUGUGGUGGGACGACUCUCAGAAUACAACCAUCAUUUCAUCAAGGUUUUCACCUACCGAUCCAGUGUCUACUUUCUCUUUUAUCGACGAGACAUCAAAUCACAAUCCAGGGAGUACAAGACAUACAUUUCUCGUAUCUGUCCUGAUGAUUCACAUUAUUAUUCCUAUGUCGAGUUGCCUUUAGGUUGCGUUUCUAAAGAGAAAAGCUACAACCUUCUUCAGGCUGCAUAUGUUACCCAACCAGGGGAGAAGGUGGCCAACGGGGCAGUAAAUACUAGUGGGAAUGUUCUGUUUGCAACAUUCUCUCAGUGGCAGGCUGUGUCUGGAAAAGUAAGUGAGGAAUCGGCUUUGUGUUUAUAUUCCAUGGAUCAUAUUGAUAGUUUAAUUAAUGAAACAAGGGACAUCUGCUACACCAAGGAUGGCAAAGCCCAGGAUGGAAGAGAGCUAGCAUACAUUGAAUAUGAUGUGAAAUCAAAUUGCGUCCAACUGCCUUCAGAUACACUUGAUGCCUACCCAUGUGGAUCAGAUCACACUCCUAGUCCUAUGGCACGUCGUGACCCCCUUGACUCUGUCCCAGUAUUUGAGAGUCCCACCACUCGCCUCACUGCCAUAGCUGUGAAUGUAGAGGAUGAACACACAAUCGCGUUUAUUGGAGACAGCAAAGGACAACUUAACAAAGUGUAUUUGGGAGGAAAUGGCGAUUCCCAUCUGUAUUCGAUUUUACCCAACCAGUCAAACACUGCUGUCUCUCCCGACCUCUUAUUUGACCCAGGAGAGAAACACUUAUACAUCAUGACCCAGACUACGGUGGCAAAGGUUCCAUUAUCAGAAUGUUUUCUACACACGGAUUGCAAGUCCUGCCUGUCUGCUGGGGACCCAUACUGUGGCUGGUGUGUUCUUCAUGGCAAAUGCAGCAGACGACAUGAGUGCUUGCGUUCAGGACAGAAGAACCAGUGGCUUUGGGCCCAUGAUCCAAACCAGAAAUGCCUGACAGUACAAAGUCUGAGUCCAGCAAAUAUCAGCAAGGAAGAGAAGAGAAAUAUCUUUCUGUCCAUCCCUGAUCUCCCCUCCUUGGAGUAUGAAGAGUCCUACUCAUGCUUCUUUGAAGAUUACGAGAGCCGUGCAGUUAGGACACAAUCUGGGGUCAUGUGUCCUUCACCAGAUCCCAGCAAAGUCCCCGUAAUUAGACCUGGCACGGAUCAUGUACGGGUUAAGCUACUCCUUCGUUUUGGAGAAGUUACAAUAACUACAGCAGAGUUCAUAUUCUAUGACUGUACCGCAGUGGCCCAGCUAUUCAAGACAGCACCAUGCCGGGGGUGUGUAGGCAGUGACUGGGGUUGUAACUGGUGCAUUCAUCAGCAUGUUUGCACACACAAAGCAACAUGUGAAGAGGGAACAAUAAUUUACAAUAAACUGACACAUAUUCCUGUACCAGAACCAACCCCACCUCCUGUGUUUCCUUCAGAACCGAUGCCCACUUUGAUUCCAUCAACCAAAGCCCCCGGAACAACUCCCAGUCCUACCCCAGAGAUUACAACAAGCACCACCACCACUGAAAGCACAUCUAUGAUUUUCACUGAGACAUCUCCUACACCCAUCCCUACAUCAGUGCCAACCACCUAUCUUCACACUACCACAGUAUCUACUCAGGCAACAACGAUGAUACCACAGCCAACAACAGUUGAACUCACCACUGAAGACACUAUUCCAUAUUUUACAACACUACCUCCUACAGAAGAGCCAGUCAGUCUCCCAACAACAAAUCCGACUACCCUGUCAGUAACUGUAUUUACUAGCCCUCCGGUUGCAGAAGAUGAAACUUUGCCCCUCACUACUGAAACAAAUGUAAACGAGGAGGACUGGGCAAUCAGCAAUGCCACCACUAUUAAUGUUACCAUACCACCCCUUGUUCCUGCACCAACCAUGUCUGAUAAUGACAGUGAAGUGCCCUUAGCACCCACCACAUUCCAUCCAACACAGAAACAGAUUACAUCAGCUGUUCAGCCAAUAGCAACCACCAAUGAGGAUCUUGGUACCCCUACUUCAACUGAUUUUCCAGGUGAUCCAGAGAGUGAAAUUCCAUAUUCUGAAGAGCCGCCUACUAUACCGAUGGAGGGUCCAUCAGAAGAAAGCUUGGAUCAUACUAAAGCAGAUGAUUGGAUGGACUCUACUGUAAUGGAAAAUGACACAAUAUCUUUCUCAGCUUCUACUAUACUUUCUGGUGAUGGGGACAGUGAUGGUAUUUCGCCCCACUUUCCUGGCAUCAUAGAUCAUGGAAUGGAUUAUCAAUUUGAUUCCCCAGAAUGGAUUGAACUGAAUGAGGAAGAAUUAUUUUGGGGUCCAGAUGCUUGUCCUUGUGUAGAAAGCAUUCAGAGCUCUUCCCUGAUACCUGUCAAUGUGGAACGAAAAAUAACACUGCUUGGAAAGAAUUUUUAUCAUUACCAGGAUCAGGAGCGGAAUUAUCGGUGUGUUCUGGUUCUAGAAGGAAAUAUGGUGGUUACAGAUGCAUUUGUGGAAGAGGAUGCAUUGGACAUAUCCGUAUACUAUAUUUCAUGUCAAUUACACCAGUACAGUUAUCUGGUGCCCCAACCAGAAUAUAAUGCCAUGGUGUUUGUGCAGAGAGAGGACGACCUGCGAGUGGACAGCUCAGAAGAUCUCCAUGUGACUCUGUAUAACUGUUCUGUGGGACAUUCGGACUGCAGCCGCUGCCAGACUGCUGAUCCCAAGUAUCAAUGUGUUUGGUGUGGAGGGGAAACUCCAAGCUGUGUAUUCCACGAAUCCUGCACAGAGCAGGUCGCAGGGACCUGUCCUGCUCCACUCAUCAGCUCCAUUGCGCCUCUGUCUGGCCCCAUUGAAGGUGGCACAAAAAUUACCAUUUCUGGUUCCAACUUGGGUCAAAAGCUUGAGGACAUUGCAAACACGGUCUAUGUGGCUGAUAUACAGUGCCAGGUGGAUUCUAUCAAAUACGAGAUAUCCAGCAGCAUUGUGUGUGUCACGGGCAGAAGCUUGUCUGAGACAUCUGGGCAUGUCUCUGUUAAUGUCCCAGGAGGAUUGCAUGGAGUUUCCAGCCAGGUUUUUACCUACCAGAACCCAAUUUUGACUUCCUUCGCUCCGUCCAGAGGUCCAAAGUCUGGUGGGACAAGACUAACUCUUGAAGGAACUAAACUAUUGACUGGACGUCCGAAUGAUAUCAGAGUGCUAGUUGGGGAUAUUUCUUGUCAAAUCUUUUCAGAGAUUCAUGAAAACCAGUUGGAGUGCAUAACGGGUUCAAGUAACACUACAUCAGAUUUCGCGGUAACUGUCCAAUAUGGCGAUCAAGCUCUCAGAACAUACAAUUCCCUAUUCACGUAUACUCCGGAUCCCAACAUUACUGCUGCCAGUCCAUCCAAGAGCUUCAUCAGCGGAGGACGUACAAUAUUUGUGUUUGGGCAGAAUCUGGAUGUGGUACAAGCUCCAAAAAUCCGCGUCACUGUUUCACCAAUUGAAAGGCGCAGGAGGCGUAGUCUUGUACGCCAACGGCGGAUUGUGCCAGAGACAGAAUGUCCGGAAAAUGUUCUGUGUCGUGUGGAACAGUUUGAAGAUGUCUGCCAGAUUAACUCAUCAACCCUGCUACUUUGCAAAACCCCUGCCAUUAACCCACUACACUGCAACAGCCGUAUCGAUAUGGAGUUCAUUCUGGAUAACCUGCAUUUCAACUUCACAGCAAUUAAUUCUGUUUCAUUUACGUAUGAGCCGGAUCCUGUGCUAAAACAGCUGAAUGCUGAGGACACUGCUAAACCCUAUCGGCACAAGCCUGGCAGUGUUAUCUCAGUUGAGGGAGAGAACCUGGAUUUGGCCAUCACUAAAGAAGAGAUGAUUGCCAUGAUAGGAGAUGGGGUCUGUACAGUGAAGACUCUUACAAGAAACCAUCUGUAUUGUGAGCCCCCAGAGAAGCAGCCAGCUACUCGGCACCCAUCUAAGAGAGAAGGAAUGGACUCUCUGCCAGAAUUUACUGUGCAGAUAGGAAGAAUCCACCUCAUCCUUGGAAAGGUGCAGUACGACACAGAGAGUCAGCUCACAUUCCCUUUGGAGGCUCAGAUUGGACUCGGUGUUGGAGCUUCCUUUGUAGCUCUGAUUGUCCUGAUAAUUGUAUUGAUUUACAGGAGAAAAAGCAAGCAAGCUCUGCGGGAUUAUAAAAAAGUCCAAAUUCAGCUGGAGAACUUGGAAACCAGUGUCCGAGAUCGAUGCAAAAAGGAAUUCACAGAUCUGAUGACCGAAAUGAUGGACCUCACGAGUGAUUUGGUUGGAACGGGCAUACCCUUCUUGGAUUACAAGUCUUAUGCAGAGAGAAUUUUCUUUCCUGGUCACCGAGAAUCUCCCUUGCAAAGGGAUCUAGAUGUUCCCGAAGGUCGGAGGCAAACAGUAGAGCAGGGUUUAGUUCAGUUGUCCAACCUUCUCAACAGUAAACUAUUUCUCACUAAGUUUAUCCACACGUUGGAAAGCCAACGCACAUUUUCCGCCAGAGACCGUGCAUACGUGGCGUCUCUCCUUACUGUGUCACUGCACGGAAAGCUUGAAUACUUUACAGAUAUUUUAAAAACUCUACUCAAUGAUCUGGUGGAACAGUAUGUGGCUAAGAACCCUAAACUCAUGUUGAGAAGGACAGAAACAGUGGUGGAGAAACUGCUGACAAACUGGAUGUCCAUCUGCCUGUACUCAUUUGUGAGGGACUCUGCCGGGGAGCCUCUGUAUAUGCUGUUCCGAGGUAUAAAGCACCAAGUAGACAAAGGACCAGUGGAUUGUGUGACUGGAAAAGCAAAGUAUACGUUAAAUGAUAACCGCCUACUGAGAGACGAUGUGGAAUACAAAACUCUAACACUGAAUGCUGUAACUCAGACAACUUGUGGGGCUCUCGGAGAGGAAGAGGCACAGGGGGUGCCUGUGAAAUUACUUGACUGUGACACCAUCACUCAAGUGAAAGAGAAAAUCUUGGACCAGCUUUACAAGGGAACUCCUUGCUGCCAUCGGCCUAACCCAGAAUCACUUGAUCUUGAAUGGAGAUCGGGACUAGCGGGUCACCUCAUCCUCUCUGAUGAAGACCUGACUUCGGUUGUCCAAGGUUCCUGGAAACGUGUGAACACAUUACAGCAUUAUAAGGUUCCUGAUGCCGCAACUGUAGCUUUGGUUCCACGUCUGAGCAAGCAUAUCCACCCAGAAAAUCACGAUUACAUCCCUGGAGAGAAAACGCCAAUGCUUGAAGAUGCUGAUGAGGGCGGUAUAAAGGUUUGGCACCUGGUCAAACCCACAGAGGAACCUGAGCUCCCCAAGCAUAGACGUGGAAGUUUACGAGACAGAGAAAGGGCUAAAGCCAUCCCUGAAAUCUAUCUGACACGGCUUUUAUCCAUGAAGGGCACUCUCCAGAAGUUUGUAGAUGACCUAUUCCAGGUGAUCCUGAGCACCAGCCGUCCCGUGCCACUGGCUGUGAAGUAUUUUUUUGAUUUAUUAGACGAGCAAGCAGCUCAUUACGGCAUAUCAGACCCUGAGACUAUCCACAUCUGGAAAACUAACAGUUUGCCUUUAAGGUUCUGGAUCAAUAUCAUCAAAAAUCCACAGUUUAUCUGCGACGUUCAAACUUCAGACAGUGUAGACGCGGUGCUGUCGGUCAUUGCACAGACCUUCAUGGAUUCUUGUACACUCGCUGAUCAUAAGCUUGGGAGGGAUUCUCCCAUCAAUAAGCUGCUAUACGCCAGAGACAUUCCACGUUACAAGCAAAUGGUAGAAAGGUAUUACGCUGAUAUCCGGCAGACCAUCUCAGCAAGCGACCAGGAGAUGAAUUCGGCACUUGCAGAGCUUUCCAGGAAUUACUCAGGUGAACUAAACUCGUUAGUGGCUCUUCAUGAACUCUACAAGUAUAUUAAUAAAUACUAUGAUCAGAUAAUAACAGCUCUGGAAGAGGAUACUACAGCCCAGAAAAUGCAGCUAGGAUACCGGCUACAGCAGAUUGCCGCUGCAGUGGAAAAUAAAGUCACCGACUUGUGACCAAGACACGUAGACAAAAAACUACUUUUCUACGAAGAUUUUUAUAAAAUCGCAGACUGUAUAUAACUGCCUCUGAGAAGCAGACCCCCUCAAAAGUUUUGAUCUUGAUCUAUUAUAUUGCCAUCGACCCCGGCAAAAAACAAAAACAAAAAAAAAUCGAGGGCGAGAGUUUAUGCGAAAGGCGAUUGUAUGAAGAAUUAAAAAAAAAAAAAAAAAUUAAAAAAGAUAUUUUUUAUAGGCAUUUUCUCUUGUGGACAUUGAUAAAGGAUUUUUAUCCCAGGAAUAUGGGGUAAUAUGGUAAUCCUGGAUGUUUCAUUUCAACAGGAUAAUUUUAUCUCCUUAUGUGCCAAGUCUAUGUUUUGAUAUUAAUGACUUUGUGCCCAUUUCCAUGAGCAAAGACUAUUUCCAAGGAAUAGAAAGGAUUGCUUGUGUUUUCUCUGAAUCUAAGGCACAUUUUAUUCACCAGCCUUCUGAGAAUGGACUGGUAAUGGCCCCGAAGCUGAACCUCUACGUCUGACGACUGAUGGUUUUAUGAAGUCAUUUUCAUUACAGACUCUUACCUUUCUUCCUAAAUAUUCUGGCAGUUGCUCCUAUGACAAGCCAGCUAUUGUUGUAGAUAUGUAGACUAAAAAGGACAGAGCACUGUAGCUGUUUAGAAUCUUACCAACUAUGAACUGCCAAUAUCUGUUGCUGUGUUUGAGACAGAAAUUUUGAAAUCUACUCCAUUGAAAUUUAAUCAGUACUACAUUGUGUUAAUUGUUUUGCAUUUUAUCCUGGACACACGUGUAAAAUUUUUAUUGUGAAACAGAAGUAUUAUUUUAUUAUUUGUAGCUACUGUAUUUUUUUAUUUACUUGUUGUAUUGCUUUUUCAGUCCAGAGAAAGCAUCAAAAAGUCUUCCUUUUAUCCCACUUUGUUGUAUUCAAUCCGUAGUCCAACCAAAAUCGUAUACAUCAGGUUGGAUCAGAUACUUAAAUAACGGGGUGAUUUGACAGUAAGUUAUAUGUGUGAUCUACCAGCGUUGUUUAGCCUUUGGUCUCCAGUAAUUGGCCUUUCACAUCUGUGCACUAAGAAAAUGUAGAUGAAUAUUUAUUAGGCUGAUGUACAACUCUAAAUUAGCACUGAUUUCAAAUAUUCUUUUAUCUUAGAGAAUGACACAGCCCUGUAGAAUAUUCCAUGUUUUGUGCGGCCCGUUUGCUGCUCUGAACUGGGUAUGUUGUAAAUAGAAGUAGUGAAAGAAAAUAUUUAAUUACUAAAGGAGAAUUGUAAUUUAUUUUCAGAGACAGCCCAUCCAUUUUUGGGAUUCUUGUUAUGUCUUUAGUUGUGCUCCAUGAAUUAACGGUCUGCAUUCCUGCCUACAAUUCCCAAAAUCCAUUGGUGCUGUCUUUUUUU